AUGGCCUCCCUUCUACAAUCAAGAACGCCAUCCCUCUCCUUCUCAUCAUCCCUCAGUUCAACUCCUGUCAUACGCCCUUCUGCAUUUUUCUUGAAACCCCGUUCUGGAUCACGAGUUCCAGUCGUGCGGGCGAAGAUUCGCGAGAUCUUUAUGCCCGCGUUGAGUUCGACAAUGACCGAGGGAAAAAUCGUCAGCUGGAUUAAAUCGGAAGGUGAUGUAUUGUCAAAGGGUGAAUCUGUUGUUGUUGUGGAAUCCGAUAAAGCUGAUAUGGAUGUGGAGACGUUUUAUGAUGGAAUAUUGGCGGCCAUUGUUAUUAACGAAGGAGAGACGGCUCCUGUUGGUGCGGCGAUUGGAAUUUUAGCAGAAACAGAGGAUGAAAUAGCUGAAGCUAAGGCUAAAGCUACAUCUCAAUCCUCCUCGGCCCCUCCUCCGUCAGCACCUAAGGUUGAGGAAUCCUCGCCUGCCCCUCAAGUGGAUGCUCCAUCUCCGGCAGUUGCUGCUGCUCCGGCUCCCACCGCGGCUCCUUCUACACCGGGAAAGGUGGUGGCGACUCCAUAUGCCAAUAAAUUGGCUAAGCAGCACAAGGUAGAUAUUGGUAAGUUGGUAGGCACAGGGCCGUUUGGGAGAAUUACACCUGAGGAUGUCGAGAAGGCAGCUGGAAUUACGCCUGCUUCCAAGAGCAAUGUGGCUGCCCCAGCUGCUCCAGUGGCGUCUGCUGCUCCUGCUGCAGUUCCUCCAAAAGCUCCAUCGAGCUUUCCAGAGAUUCCUGGGUCGACUGUGGUGCCAUUUACUACAAUGCAAGCUGCAGUGUCCAAGAAUAUGCUGGAGAGUUUGACAGUGCCAACUUUCCGGGUUGGGUAUCCAAUCGCCACUGAUGCUCUCGAUGCUCUCUAUGAGAAGGUGAAGCCGAAGGGUGUGACCAUGACUGCAUUGUUAGCAAAAGCUGCCGCAAUGGCACUGGCUCAGCAUCCAGUGGUGAAUGCAACCUGUAAAGAUGGGAAGAGUUUUACACAUAAUAGCAGUAUAAAUAUUGCAGUGGCUGUGGCGAUUAAUGGAGGGUUGAUCACUCCGGUUCUUCAGGAUGCUGAUAAGUUGGAUCUUUAUCUGUUGUCUCAAAAAUGGAAGGAACUGGUGGAGAAGGCCCGGGCCAAACAACUCCAACCUAAUGAGUAUAAUUCAGGAACUUUCACAUUGUCCAAUUUGGGCAUGUUUGGAGUGGACAGAUUUGAUGCUAUCCUCCCUCCAGGCCAGGGAGCCAUUAUGGCUGUUGGAGCAUCAAAGCCUACUGUUUUAGCCGAUAAAGAUGGGUUCUUUAGCGUAAAAAAUAAGAUGCUGGUGAAUGUUACUGCUGAUCAUCGAAUUAUUUAUGGUGCUGACUUAGCAGCAUUUCUUCAAACCUUCUCAAAGAUCAUUGAGAACCCCGAGAGCUUGACAAUGUAG